CCAAGGGGCUCCACUCCGCCCCGCCCCCGUCCUUGGGUGCUGGGAUCGCUGGCUGCUCCUUUGGCCCGAGCGCUGAAUGAGCGCCUCUUCCGCCUGCCGUGCCUCUAGCCUGGGCGACGGGACUUUGCGCCAGCUCAGCCCGCUGCGCCCGGGAGCCUGUCCGGUACGACCACGCCGGACCUGUGGCGUCCUCCGCCACGUGGCGCCAGCGGCGUCCGCUCUGGCUGGCCGUUUUCUGGCUUCACGUGUAGGACAGGAUCAGACUUGGCCUUUGGUUGUUCCCUAGUUGGCGACAAGUCUUUUCAAGGUCAUGUCUGUCUCCCCCACACUGAGACCGGGGGCCUAGUGAGGUUCCUAGGCUCUGUCCGGAUGUGGAGAAGAGGGUUAGUUUUCGAACUAACUGAAGUGGGCAGCAGAUCUUCAGGAGUCUCGGUUACAACCGACUUGUCCUCCAGAUUGGUAGAGGAAAGGUGGUCCCAGAGCCGUUCAGUACUGAGUCAUUCACUCUGGAUGUUUACAGAUAUAAGGAAUCUCUGAAAGAAGACCUCCAGCAAGCAGAUCUCGUCAUCAGUCAUGCAGGGUCCUGUCCUGCCCUGUCCUGGGCCAGCCAGCCCCUUGCUUCUCCUGCUUCUGAGACGUGCCAAGAUUCUGCAACCCUGCUUCAACUGCCUUGUGCCUAGACCUUGAGCUGCUUUCUGGAUAUCCGCCACACAAGUGCAAGCACUUGUCGCCACUGCCUGUUCCUCCGUGCCCUGUGUUUUCCUAUUUUCCAUACCUCUGUUCCUUCUUUCUCCCUACCCCAUGCACAAUGCAUAAAGGAUGGAAAAAGUACUGCGGCCAGAAGUCUUUGAAUGAGGCAUCAAUGGAUGAAUAUUUAGGCAGUUUAGGGUUGUUUCGAAAGCUGAUUGCCAAGGAUGCCUCUUGCCUCUUUCGAGCAAUUUCUGAGCAGUUGUUUUACAGUCAGAUUCAUCAUUUACACGUCAGGAGAACUUGUGUCUCAUAUAUGAAGGAAAAUCAACAAGUUUUUGAGUCUUAUGUGGAAGGAUCUUUUGAGAAGUACCUGGAACGGUUGGAAGAUCCCAAGGAGAGUGCUGGCCAGCUGGAACUAAGAGCUCUUUCUCUAAUUUAUAAUCGGGAUUUCAUUCUUUAUCGCUAUCCUGGAAAACCACCAACUCAUGUCACAGAUAAUGGCUACGAAGACAAGAUCCUUCUCUGUUGUUCAAAUAAUGGUCAUUAUGAUUGUGUGUACUCAAAACAAUAUCAAUCAAGUGCAGGAAUUUGUCAAGCUAUAUUGUAUGAAAUUCUUUAUAAAGAUGUGUUCGUGGUGGAUGAAGAAACAUUGAAAACUGCAGUUGAUUUGUUUCGAAGUGGUUCCAGGAGAAACAGAAGUAAUGCUUUGACUGGAAAUGUGGAAACCUGUACUGAACACAGAAGUUCAACCCAGGAUAGAAUUGAAGAGCGUGGUGCCUGCUGCAAUAUCGAAAGUACACCAGAGACCUAUAAUGAAGGAAAAGAAGAAUCAAAGUUUUCAGAAAAUCCAUCAAGGAUGCUCUUUCCUUAUAAGGUGCUGAAAGCUCUGGAUCCAGAGAUCUAUCGUAAUAUAGAAUUUGAUGCUUGGUUGGACAGUAGAAAAGAACUUCAAAAAUCAGAUUACAUGGAGUAUGCUGGGAGACAGUACUAUUUAGGAGACAAGUGUCAGGUUUGUUUGGAACCAGGUGGAAAAUACUAUAAUGCUCACAUUCAAGAAAUUGGAAAUGAUAAAAAAUCAGUAACAGUUUUUAUUGAAGAAUUGGCAGAAAGGCAUUCGCUUCCUCUGGCUAACUUAAAACCUGUUACCCAACUGGCACUUUUUCCUUCGUGGAGUGUCAUGACAAGUCGACAAGGAAGAGGUUAUCCAAAAAUAACUGGAGGUUAUUUCCCAGAAAUAGUUGUGUCAGAGAUGAGCAUGAAGCAACGGAAGAAAUUCUUUAAGAAAGUUCGAGGGAAAGAGAUUUAUAUGACUAUGGCUUACAGCAGAGGAGACCCCCUCUUCACGCCCAGGCUUGAGCAUAGUGUGCAUUAUGGACAUGACCCUCUACUGCACUACCCACAGACUGCUGGCCAUAUUAUGUCCAGUGAACAUUUCUAUUCUCCACAUUCAUCUCAGAGACAAGGUCGGGGAUAUGGGAUGCCCGGGCACAACAUGCCAAGUCCUAAAGUUGGGUUUUACCCUGGCCCAGGUAGAAGGUGUUGCCACAGCUAUGAUAAUGUCUCUUAUAGGUCUCGUUCUUUUAGGCGUACUCACCGUCAGAUGCAUUGUAUGAAUAAGGAAUGCCAGUAUGGCUUUACCCCAGGGAAUGGUUUGGAAGAAACUGUUACUUUUUAUGCACUUGAAGAAGGGAAUGAGAGUGCUUAUUCAACUUUGCCUAACCAUGAAGGUCACCCUACAGUAGUUCCUGUUACUUCAGAAUACUGUGCUGCAAGGCAGGGCCAUAACUCGGGCAAAUCGACUGUGAAUUUAGAAGUGACCAAUAACCAGUGUGAUAAUGGAGGAUAUCAUGAAGAUUAUCCUUAUCCUUCUGGUCCUCUAGAACCAGGCUAUGAAUCUCCUGGUGUGUAUAGCACAACUGUAUCUACAGCAAACCUGUCUCUUCAGGACAGAAGACCAUGUUCUAUGUCUCCUCAGGACACAAUUACCUCAUGCAACUAUCCCCAAAAGGUGCUGGGAAAUUCUGCGGCCAUUGUAGCUUCCUGUGCCACUCAUUCUCCAGCUCCAGUCUUACCUAACUGUACAGAAGCUAAUCAAGCUAGUGGUACCUCCGCAGUUUCCUCACAGAAUGCUGUACAACCUCUCUUUGUACCUCCUCCUGCACAAGUCAGUCCAGCCCCUCUCCAGCUGCAGCCACAGCCACUUCCUCCUCCUCCCACUCCUCUUGAAGCAAGAGAGGCUUCAAACCUAUCACCACUACCACCCCCUCCACCUUAUUCCUGUGAUCCAAGUGGAAGUGAUCUGCCUCAAGAUACAAAAGUUUUGCAGUACUAUUUCAAUUUGGGAUUGCAGUGCUAUCAUCACAACUACUGGAACUCCAUGGUCUAUGUGCCACACAUGGAGCAGCAGCAGCUUCAUGUAGAGAAUUAUCCAGUUUGUAUUGAGCAGCCUCUGGUAGACCAAACUAUUCCUCACUUGUACAGUGAGGUAGGGCGAGCAGAUGACACACAGGCAGAAGCAUCAACAAGUGAUGCUUUCCCCAAUGCUGAUGAUGCACCUGUCCCUCAUGGAGCAGUCUAUUAUCCAGUAAUGUCAGAUCCUUAUGGGCAGCCACCUUUGCCAGGUUUUGAUUCCUGCAUUGCUGUUGUUCCUGAAUAUCCCUGUGUUGCCUCCUGGCAUCCAGUUAGUGCAGCAUAUGGUGGUUCUUCCCCAAUUCGUGGUGCUGUUAAUUCUGGGCCAGUUGGCUAUAUGGCUCCACCUAAUUCACCAUCGCAAUAUACACCUCACAAUAUGUAAGAUGUGGCAAUAUGAAGUAUUCUUUACUGCCAAUUUUUACUGUUUUGAUCAAUAAAAAUGUGUUAUGUUUCUAAGUGCUUUAGUUGGUAAGAAUGGUUAUUAUUGUAUCUGUCUUUACGAUUAUUUUUUGAUUUAAAAUAUUUCUUUAAAACAAAGGCAUAUUUGAGUUACGAAUAAGGAAAUUGAACUGAAUAUAUACAAUUAGUCCUAUACUGAGCAAAUUUGUUGUAGGCAGUUGCCUCUCAGCCAGUUUAUGAACAUUUUAUUGCCUGAUAGUGCCCAUUGAUAAAAGAAGCAAAUGCAAGCUAUUUUCUUGUAUAAAAAUGAUACAUCUUAUCCAACUGUUUAAAAUUGGAAUGAUUUCUACUGUUGUAGAAAGUUAACAAAACCAAGAGCCUUUGCUUCUGGGUAUUUACUUAGUAUUAAAUGAAAGUUCUUCAGGUUUCUUUAAAAAUUGUAUGAACUGAAUUAUAUUCUGUGAUAGUAAUCAGUUUUGAAGGCACAAUGGUGCUCUUUAUAUUUGCCACAUACGCUCUUGUUAUAAUACUGGAUUUAUGUAACUUACUGCACAGUAUUAGUGUCUUUUGCACAAUUUGCAGCAAAUAAAAAUUAGCAUUUAAA